AGUCCUGAAGAGUCCGUUGGUGUGUGUUUGAAGUCAUGCUGUCUUGUAUGGGCUUGUACUCGAUGGUAAUUAGUCAUACAAGAACACAUUGUACGGUGGAUCAUCAUAAGGAUAUGGUCAUACGUCGUUGGUUGAUGUAGUGAUGAGGUGAGAUAAUAAGUGUAUUGCUGGGUUAUAUAUAUUUAUUAUUAUAUUAUGUGUUCUUGAAUGUUCAGUCAGUUGAGUGUUUAUCUAAGCUGGUACAUAUCUCCUCCAUAGAGGGCAAUACAUAAAAAAUAAUAAUUGUGUGGUGGUGUGUUGACCGGGCAACAUAUGAGAACAAGUCGCUGUGCUUCCUUUUUCAUAAAUUAAUAUUCAUAUUGAUAUCCGUAUAAUUUAUUGUGAAACCUUCAAACAAAAUAACACAGGCUCUGUCCAAGAGAUAACACGAGAUUGAGAGCUAUUAGUAUUAUCAAGUGUGGGUCAUGCAGACCACUUGUAGAGUGAUGUGAUGAAUAGCUGUGAGAACUCUAACGCCAGCACAAAGCUACAGGGAUCCAAAAGCUCUGAGCUUUGGGAAGAGUCUACGAGCAACAGCAGCAGCAUUAAAACCGUUGGAGAUAAUACGGAUAAGUUUGAUAAGAAAAGUUCUAAAACAACAAAGGGUGAGAGUGAUACAACGAAUGUUAACGAUUCUGGUGUACCAAGAGGUACCUUGGUAAUUUGUCCGCGAAAUUCUGGUGGAUUUUUAGGGGACCACUGUUUUUCACGUAUCAAACAGCGUACUGGUUCGAGCAGCAAUACUCGUAAUGAAUUUCGAAUGGCACGAGGAAAUAAUAGCGGAGAACGUAUACGUCCUGGUCAGAGAGGUAGACCCUUUAAAAAAAAUCAAAAUGACCGAGAUUCAAACACCGAAGGCGGAGGCGGAGGCUAUCACUCGACGUCUAGACAAAAAUUUCAAGAAUCGUUGAAAAACCACGACAAUUCUCAGAACAAAUACUACGAUGAUAAGCGACUAAACGAUGAAUCAAGAGUUACUAAACUUUUACGACGACUGUGUCGGGAAAGUGACGACCAUUUUUUACAACUCGCAAAACAAGUUUUGGAGAACUUUAUGAUACCUGAAAAUCAUAGAUAUAUAAGAGGUAAAUUGGAACCAAUAUGUGAAUAUCUCCUUGAUGCGUUACGAUUGACUCCGGAUACCGAAUCACAGAGACAAAUUAUUAAAUGUUUUGCUUACAUUGGUUUUAUUGCUGAUCGUGAAUUUAAAAGAUACUUGGAGUGGAUAUUCGGAAAGUGUACGAGCGAGCGUAAGGAUGACAUAAAAUGUUUGCUGUUAAAAUCAUUGGGAGAAACUUUGAAAAUGGAUACCGGGAUGGAGAAGUUGAAUGACUUUGCUGUGACAAUAAUAUCUCGCCUGCAAGCGACUUUGGAAAACGUUGAAAAGCCAGACCUACUCAUGGCAACAGUCGAUGUCAUUCUUAUUGUCAUUGAAUCCUGUCCGGAAGUUUUUUCAAAUUAUUUUCGUGAUACUGUUGAUAUAUUAGUUGGGUGGCACAUAGAUUUUACUCAAUCAAAAAAAAUAAUUGCUUAUGCAAGUCGAAGUUUAAGAAAGCUAGAGACAUUUUGGAUUUCUGAUAUGCAAUUUACUUUGACGCUACUCAGUCAAUUUCUCGAGGACAUGGAGAGCUACGACGAAGAGCUGACAUUACCCGGCUCUGGAAGAAGUUCACCAGGCGAUGAACCUAUUCCUGGACCUAAAGAAUGUAUAUUGAGAAUAACUUCACUUAUUUCAGUUUUUAAUACAGUUGUUAAAAGCGUUUCCGAUAAUCUGAAUCCAAGUAUUAAUCCUGCUGUCCAAUGGAGCUUCUUGACUGAGUGUCUAUUAAAAAUGUUGAGGACUGUAAUGAAGGCCAUCGAAGUUGAUGAAAAUAGAGAUGACAAUAAUGAUAUACAGGAUGAAAAUUCCAGCGACAAUGUUGAUAAUCUCGUUGAUUAUGUAAAAGAUUUAAAAUUAUCACAAAAAAAUAUCGACACGUUAAUUAGAAAUGUUAAUCAAGAUGGAGUUAAUAAUCAACAAAAUUUAAUAAAAGUUAUUAAAUCAUUAAAUUACGGAAGAAGAAAAGAUGAUAGAAAAAAUUCAUUUGAUUCAAUUGUUAAUUCUACGUUAGAUAAAGACAAAGAACAGUUACUGAUUAAAUUAAUAAAAUCAUUGGGGUUGAAAAAGGGGAAUAAUAAAAAUGAAGAUGCGUCGCGGGAAAAAGAAGAGUUGAUAAUCGUCGCCAAUGAGUGUGCUUACCACCUUUUGGGAUUUCUGCAAACGCGUAUUACUAAAAAUCACGAUUUACUCUACGAGUUCAUAGAUCUUCAAUUAAGUAAAAUAAAUAUUUUUCUAGACGACACAAUUAUUUCUACACUGCACAUUAUUGCUAAGGUUAUCAGGGAGGUAUCAGCAAAUCUACCACUGGAAAUUGUAUACAAGCUUCUCGGCAGCGAUUCUGUUCUACUUAAAUUACGUUUGAGAAAUUCAAUUGCCAUGCAAGAGGCAAGUUUAUCUGUUUAUCACAGUCUUCUAGGAUUAAAAAAUAUUCCUUUGCUACAAGAAGCAUAUCGUUACAUACUCGGUGAUCUAGAGAUCGCUUAUAAACUAAUAAUUAAAAAUUUACCAAGCUUUGUCACAAAUAAUCCUCUCGGUGACAUGAAUUACAAAGCAAAUGACGCUGAAAUAAUAAUUAUUUUCAUUUUACGCGCACUUUCUGAUUUAGCCAAUGCCAGUAAUUCAAUAAUAGGCAUGUGGGCAUUAAAACCAAGUAUUUUAGAAUUACUGGCUGUUAAAAUGUGUCCUUAUGAUGUGGAUUUAUCAAAAAAUAAUCCACUUCUUCAGUACAGUAUUUUGUAUCUAUUGUACGCUCAUUGUUCCCGAUACAAUCAUUUCGUUCCCAGCUCAAGUCUUAUAUCAGGAUCGACUCAUUGCCGUUCUAUUGACAUAUUUCCCGGCACAAUUGAUGUACCAACAGCUUCACCAACAAGCGGCCACUUGUCAACUAUUUUAAAUUUAAUUGUUAAAUGUUUUGAAAUAAAUACACCGGAAAAAACAUUUUUGUUACUUUCUACGUGGAUAAAAGAGAUAUUUAUUCAAGCUGAGAAAUAUCUAAGUAUUCUCAAUCAAACAGACGAAUGUAAAAUGAUUGUUUCAAGUUUAUUGUCAUGUGGAGCAAUGACUAAUAAUAAAAUAUCAAUGUCAAUUUGUGAUAAUCUUGAAAUUCUGAUAAGUGACAAGAAAGUUAUGUGGCCAGAGUCGAUUUACAUUAAAAUUGUUGAUCUUUCAAUCCUACAUCUUACGUCUUAUGACAAAAUAUUACGAAGUAAAUAUGGUAAUUUACUUAUGCACAUUCCUAUUAAUAUUGUAAUACCAAGAAUCAAUCGUCAGUGUCUUCAAUCAGAGACAAAAAAACAACGGGUCAUUGAUAAUUAUUCAAUAGAAUCUCUGAUUAUAGCUCAGAGACUCCACAUGCGAGGUCAUCACAAUGAAACUCACAAUAGUACAGCCAGUAAUAGUCCAAAUAAUGGCUAUGGAGAAAUGCAGUCUCAGCAUUUUAAAACUUAUAUGGCAUUUUUACUCCAAGAUUACAACUUUGAUGCAUUGGGUUUGUCGGAAAUAUUUACUUUGUGCUGGCCAGUAAUAUCGCGGAAUAAAAUAACCGCUAAAAUGUACGAAUUCGGUAUGACAAAUCAAUCAUUUUUAUUUUUCUGGAGCGGCAUUGAAGCAGCCCAGCAUUGUGUGCUAAAUAAAUUACGUACUGCAUUAGGAAAACCUCAAGAAACAUUCACUACAAUUGAAGGAGCUCUUAAAACUCUUGCUCGUGAUAUUUCUUGCAAACCGGAAGUAUCAAAAAAUGAUAAACAUGGUCUUGAUUAUUCACUUCACGAGCAUACGAGGGUAAGAUUGUUUGUUGAAUUUCUGGAACAUUUGGAAAGAAUGAUUCAUAAUGCAGCUGAAGGAUGUGCUGUUUCUCUGUCACCUUUACCCAAACCUGUGAGAACAUUUUUCCAUACAAAUAAAUCAACUUGCCGGGAAUGGUUGAAUCGUAUACGAUUGGCUCUGUGUGUUGUAUCUCUUCACGCAGGACUGGCUACAAAUGCGCUGCGCAAUGGCCAGCGUCUGCUGGAAGACUUGAGUGACACUGAAAUGAUACAGGGACCAGAGUUUGAAAGAGCGACAUUGUGCACAGCUCAGGCUUUGGUGAUGUUGGGCGAAGCUGAAGCUUUACAAGGAUUAUAUAUUUACACAAAAGAACGGGACAGAAAAUUUUUGUGGUUGAAAGCAGCCAUGGAAGAAGCUUCCGGUCGCUACGAAAGUGCAGCUGAGAGUUACAAAAUUAUAUUGAAAGAACAUCCGUCAACUAAAUUCGAAGAUCUAGAGCUGGAAGUAAAUACUGAGUCAGCUAAAGUAGAAGGGGAUACUCAGGUCGCGGUGUUUGUGAUGCAGCGGUUGGCUAGAUGCUACUCUGCAGUUGGAGAUUGGGAGCAACUGGAGGCCUGGAAAAUUCGUGAAGCUGAGAUUCUUAAGCGAGAGAGCAAUGAUAUUUUGAAAAGACAAAUGCAGACUCAUUCAAAUUCAAAGCAGGCCACGUGCUUGAAAGAUUUUGAAAUGGGCAAAGUAUCAACGCUCGAAGAACUUUCUGAUUGGACGUUGCUCGAUGAAAAGGCAACUACCAAUUGGAGCUGCUCUAAAACAAUUGCCGAAUGUUCAAACACGUUAACUAAUAUCGCUCUGAGAGUCCAUGCUGGUGAUAACAGUGAUGAUUUUAAGAAGAAUGUUGAAUUUAGCAAGAAAGUUGCUGCUAAAAUUAUUGAAGAGGGUCUACGAAAUAUGCCCUCUGAGUAUUUGACUGAUUCGAUUCUUUUGCAAUACUCAGCGUCCAGUCUUGAGAAUCUCCUCGACCAGAAAAAAGUCGACAUGUUUGAUCUUUUGCGUGUAAAUAAAAUUAAAAAUCUUGGAUCCAAUACGAUGACUCAAAUCCUCUGGUGGUCAGAAUAUUUGGCAAAAAUACCAAACAAUAAUUUAUCAGCUGCUGAUCAGGUUGCGAGUUUGAGAUUGGAUUUGGCCAAAAGUGCGCGCAAAGAGGGUAAUUUCAAAUUAGCUAAACGUCAAAUUGAAAAGUAUUUUGUUAACGAACAACUUCUCGGAGACUUUGAUUAUAAAUUUUGUGACAUAACUGCCAAUAUUAUUGAGCAACCGAUCAAUAUUAAUUGGACUAAAAAUAACAUGUGUGCAUUUAAAGAGAUGUCAAAAUUACUGUACACCAUGGACUCAAUUGAAGACGCGGUGAAAGUUUGCAGUGUCACGGCUCUCGGAAUAUCACGAGCAAUUAUAAAUGAUGGAGAUGAAAUAAAUGAAUUGAGAGAAACAGGAACUAAAUUGAUGCUUACUUUGGGUAAAUGGAUACAACAACAAGAAAUAAAUGUCACAAAUAAUGCUCAGCUAAAUCAGCUUCUUCAAUUCGAAGCUCUGCACAAUGACGGACUAAUGGACAAAUUAUUUGGACAGACAACAGAGCUGAUUCCACACUCAGAUAUGGUGAUUGGAAAGCUGAUGCAAUUAGGAGUUAAUCAAUGUCCGGAUUUCCCAGCCGUCUGGGCGAAUUUUGCCGGGUGGUGUUACAAAUGGGGGCGUAAAAUUGUUGACAAUUCACAAUCUGGACAAUUGACAGAAGUUGAUGUAAGCAAUAUUCGUGAUCUUCUUCCAGCUGACAUUACAGAGGCUGAUUCGAAUGCCAUACUGUCAAUAUUGAGUCAAAAUAAAAGUAUUCCUGAAGAUGAAGGUGAUAUUGAGACGAAUGAUGUUAAAACUUCCGAUAUGAUUGAAAAUCAAUUGCGUCAAGUGCCGGCGCUGGUGCAAUCUCCUAAUCAACAUCUAGGUUUGCUUGUAGAUAUAUGGCGUCAAGCGCAAAAACGAAUUUAUUCUUAUUACGAGCUUGCAGCAAACGCUUACUUCAAAUUCUUGGAAUUGACGAAUAAUGAAUCAAAUGAUUGUGCUACAAUAACUGCUACUCUACGGCUGCUGAGACUUAUCGUUAAACACGCUCUGGAGCUUCAAGAUGUACUGGAGACUGGACUCUCUACUACACCCACUGGACCCUGGAAAGAAAUAAUUCCUCAAUUAUUUUCACGACUAAGUCAUCCUGAAUCUUAUGUCCGUACAAGAGUUUCAGAACUACUAUGUCGUGUUGCUGAAAAUAGUCCUCAUCUGAUCACGUUUCCUACAGUCGUAGGAGCAGUUACGGAUCAUCCAAAAGAUUUCGAAGAGCUUCCAACAAGAUACGAAAAUUCACCGAAUGAUUUUGAUUUUGAUGAAGACGAUGGUGAAGCGGCGAUCGCUUUGUCCUCAGUAACUACCAGCGAAACUGCUGAUUCUCAUAAUGAUGAAAACAAAACUUUUAUGGACGCAUGCUUUGCUCAGUUGGCUGAUUGUCUCUCCAAUGAAAAUCACGACUCUGUUAAUCAUGUCAAGAUACUCGUGAAAGAAUUGCGUAGAAUAACUCUACUGUGGGACGAAUUAUGGCUGGCAACUUUCUGUCAACAUCACACUGAGUUUUCGAAAAAAUUCGAACAAUUGGAGCAGGAAGUACAAAAAGUACUGGACAAUGUGUGGUUGUCUAGUGAUGAAAAAGAAAAGCUUAUUGCUGAAAAACACAGAAUUAUUGUCAAGCCAAUCAUAUUCGUGCUGGAAAACCUUCUGGCCAUCACCUCAGUUCCUGCAGAGACACCGCACGAGAAAUUAUUCCAAGAAAAGUUUUCGCCGUGUAUUGAAGAAGUCGUGCGGAGAUUGAAAAAUCCUAAGAAUCCAGCAAAACCGCAGUUGUCAUCAACGCCAUUGAAGCAAUUAGAAGCUAAAUUGGCCCAAAAAGUUAACAAAAGAGGCAACCAUACAUUGAGUAUGGCUGACAUAAGUCCCAUACUUGCAAAUAUGAAGGAUACGUGCAUCGCAAUGCCCGGUGUAUUUGCGACAGAUCGUAAUAAUAAAAUAGUGACAAUAAGGUCUGUAGAUAAUGUUGUACAAAUUCUUCCAACAAAAACAAAACCGAAAAAAUUGAUGUUUCAUGGAUCGGAUGGUCAUGUAUAUACAUAUCUAUUUAAGGGCUUAGAAGAUCUCCAUUUAGACGAGCGUAUUAUGCAGUUUCUCAGCAUCUGUAACACAAUGAUGUCAAAAAAUAAUGACACGAGAAAAGUUUACCGAGCACGGCAUUAUUCAGUGAUACCACUGGGACCAAGAUCUGGAUUAAUUCAAUGGGUUGAUGGUGUUACGCCGCUCUUUGCUCUGUACAAAAGAUGGCAACAACGAGAAAGUACUAUGGCGGGAAAUCGUGGUACGGGUAAUUCAACAGCUGUCAUGAGACCAUCUGAAUUAUUUUACAAUAAACUAGCUCCGCUGUUAAAAGAACACGGUAUUCCAUUGGAAAAUAGAAAAGAGUGGCCGCUUCCAGUUCUCAAACAAGUUUUGUCGGAAUUGAUGACAGAAACACCUAAAGAUUUAUUGGCCAAAGAGAUAUGGUGCAAUAGUAUCAAUGCUGGUAACUGGUGGCAAGCAACUAAAAGUUAUUCUUACUCGGUUGCAGUAAUGUCGAUAAUUGGUUACAUAAUUGGUUUAGGUGACCGUCAUUUAGAUAAUGUUCUAGUUGAUCUAAAUACCGGCGAAGUUGUUCAUAUUGAUUACAACGUUUGUUUUGAGAAGGGAAAAACUCUGCGUGUUCCUGAAAAAGUUCCUUUCAGAAUGACUCCGAAUAUAAAGACUGCGCUUGGAGUAACUGGCGUUGAAGGAAUAUUCCGACUGGCUUGUGAGCAUACUUUGAGAGUCAUGCGCCGUGGUCGAGAAACUCUGCUGACAUUACUGGAAGCUUUUGUCUACGAUCCACUGGUAGAUUGGCGUGCCGGUGCUGAGCACAGCAUCGCAAGCUACGGAACCUGUCAAGCAAGAGCCCGAUGUGCGGGAAUUGGCAGAAAAGAGUUAGAAAAAGAGCUUACUCGUGCAAUGUUCAUUGUAAGAAUUGCUGAAAUGCGGGUAGAAUGGCAAAUCAACCGUGAUCUGAUGAUCCGGGCGCUUCCAAUGCUCUCGUGUCAUCUGGCAGAGUGGCUAGAGACCAAUGAGUCAUUGCGUCAAUGUCAGGAUUUACUGCAGGAUCGCCAUCAACAGUUGGGUUUAGUGAAAGAAGCUCAGGCUAUCGGGCGCAAUCAUUCUUUGUACUCGGUUAUUGAUAGGUACAAUUCCAUAAAAAGAGCAAGAGAUGCUUAUGAAAAAGCUCAGCUGGGAUUGAAAGACAAGAUGGAGGAGUGCGAGAAGCAAAUAAGCAUGCAUAAUAUUGCUUUAGCAACUGUCAGAGGACCACAAUUGGCACGAUGGCUCGCAGAAUACGGAACCCCUUCGAUAACUCGCGACGAUCAUAUGGUUUUCGAUUUGGUGAAAGAGUUCCUUCAAAAUGCCGGACAAAAUCAAAUGAUUUUGCAGUGCGAACAAUCGGAAAAUGAGCUGACACAAUUAGCCUCACAAGAAUCAUUAUUAAUCCGUUCGUGUCUUGAUUUGCUGAGUCAGUACUCCGCUAUUUGCAGUCUGUAUCCUCUGAGCACACUUGCUCAACAUCGCACUGUCGCUUAUCACUCAUUUGCCGGCAAAUUGUUAACCACGAGAUCAACUGAAAUUUGUAAUGAAGUAAUGUCACAAUUUGAAGCAGCUUAUCAGCCGGCAGCAGUAAAUGAUUCACGAGUACAAAAAAUUGUUGGAUUUUCUUAUCAAGUCCAAGUAAUUAUGAACGAGGUAAAAGAACGAUAUAGUAAAUAUUACGAGCGUAUGGUUGCAAAUGAAGGACUACCUGAAGCUCAAGUAAGAAUUGACCAAAUAUAUGCUGAUAGUAUUGUGCAAAUAAAUUCAUUUUUGAAGAGAGACAAGUCAGCCGACAAAGCUUUAGAGUUGGUAAAUAUCACCGCGCUAUGUGCUUUAAAUAAAAGGUACCUGAUGAUGGAGGGGGCUGCCAAGUGCGCUGGCGAGUGCUUGGUGGAUUUAACAUUAAGAGAAGGUGAAUGGUUUUUGGAUGAAAUGCGUUUAAUGUCUUCCUUAAUUGUCGAGUUAACGAGUCUCAUACCGAUUGAUUUACAAUUGUCUGCGGCGACAGCAGCAGCAGCUAAUCAAUCUGAAGAUGAAAUAUUGAUAGUACGUACUCUCGAAUGCCUUAAGAGUGCGGACGCGAUUUACAGAGGACUUCAAGAACUUAAUUAUAAUUUCCAUAUGAUUAUACUGCCAGAGGCAUUGAAAACAAUCAUUACUGAGGAACCAAGUGUUAUGGUGAUGAUUAAUGAGAUAGAAGAUAUAAUAGUGUCCAGUGGAAGACCACUAGCUGAAUUAUUAUCACAAUUAGAGAUUCAUUUACGUUGCACACUUAUGGAUAUGGAAGGACCACAAACUGUUGUACAAAGUAUUGUUUCAAAUAUGCGAUUGAGAUUCGAAGCUUUAUUAUCAAGAUCUGUUGAAAUUAAUCAAGACUCCAGCUCUGAGUCUCUAACACCGGGGCAGAUGUUGCUGAUGGGAUUUAACGGACUGUUUGAAAAAUUACAGGUUGAAGGAAACGCGCUGAUUGCUACUCUUGGUAGUCUUGAUAUCCCUACAUGCUGGAAAAAAAUAGAUCAGAUAAGAGAAGCUAAAGAAAUAGCAGUACCGAUAUUUCAUGAAGCUGCGCGUCGUGUUUUGGACGAUAUUUUUUUGAUAAAAAGAUUACAUACUAUAAAUGAAUUUUUUUCAAUGUGUCGUGAGAUUGCGAAUGCUUUCAAAGGCGCUGAUGGAGUGAUGAAUAUUUAUGAUGACGACAGAUUAAAUAAACCAGUUAAAAUUUUCACUGCCGAUUUUGUUUCACGUCAGCUUCUAGGAGUUAUUUCUCAAACUUUAGCUAUCGCUAUUUGUCUUUUAUUGCAGCGCAUGGGUUUAAAUGUAACUGGGGAAAUUGAACAGCGAGAUAUUGGCGCUGAAAGUAAAGUUUCUAUUGAAGAGUUGUGUCGGAAAAUAGUGGACACGAAUUUGAAAACUGGCGCUAUAUCUGGAACAGUUUACGGCCAAGCAGGAUCGUUGAUCAGCACUUUGGAAAGUAUUUGGAGACGUAAGCAGUGCUCGAGAGUAUCACAGCAGGGUGUUGAAAUAGCACGUGGUACACUUCAGAGAUUGCAAAUUCAGUUUACGGCCCACCAUUGGAUACACGAAGACAGUUUACUGCUUGCACGUACAAAUCUAAGUACAAUAAAUCCUUUAAAUCGUCCGACGUUUAUGCUAGAGCUCAGAAAAACAUCAGCAGCUCUUUCGAGUUUGCAGUCACGAGUAUGCGAAGCCCGGGAUCAACAGCAAAAUCUCGUAGCCAGCGUUGAUCAACGUCUCAAGUGGGCUGCCGGAGCUAAUCCAGCUCUAGCAGAAGUAAUGGCUGCCUUCGAUAACGCCGUGCUGUCAUCAAAUGAAAAACUAACUCGUCAACAGAAUCUCGCUCUCAUUAUCACGACAACUUGCAACUCUAUUUUACAUUACGAAGCACUUAGAACAAAAACUUCUGAAAGUAUUACGCACGACGCAAAUUUUAUAAAAUUAAUAAAACAGUGGGAAGAGAGUUGUAUGCUACGCACUAAUUUAGCCGUUAAUAUUUCAACGAUCGAAGAAAAUCUUGUGGAAUUACUUCAACUGGAAAAUAACAUCGACGCCAAUUGGCUGAGACGGGCGGAAAAAAUAACGUCAGACGCUAUUUUGGAGAACCAGCUGAUACUUAAGAAGAAACAAGAAUCGCAUGCUAUGGCGCAUCUUCAUCUACGAGAAAGGACCGCGGAUAUUCAAGGACUCUUGUCUGAACACCAUCGGCUGAUGACUGACGUGCGAGGAUUACUCAAAACUAUGCUGAAACAAGAGAAUAAAUCCGGGCUCGGUGAAUUCCUUUCCGAGUAUCGAAUUUUCAUUGAAGGAAUAUCUGGUAUGGUGAAAGAUCUAGAAGCGGAUAAUCUUGAGCCUCUGAGAGUUAUUGAAGCUGAGGGUCAACUGGGAACUCUUUUAAGUAAAGUAUCAAGCGUCUACGACGAGCUAUUGGAGUUUGCAAACGAAUCUAGGAACGGGGUUAAGCCGAAAUUUAUUGAUGAAAAUAUUGGAAUUAAAAAGAAAAGUAAACUGAUGCGACAGGAUACGAACAUUUGUUUCAGUCCGCGGAAAGGAGUUCCGUUGACUAGAGACCCUACUACAGGCAAAGCUGUACAAGAGAGAAAUGUGUACGCGUUAAAUGUCUGGCGACGCGUGCGCAUGAAACUGGAGGGCCGCGAUCCAAAUCCGUCACGUAAAUACACGACAGCUGAACAAGUGGAGUACGUAAUCCGCGAGGCGCAAAAUUUCGACAAUUUGGCCCUGCUCUAUGAGGGUUGGACUCCGUGGGUGUGAACGCGCGGAUGCCGACGCAACCGCGUCGUUGGGUUUGACUCUCAAUUAAUUAAUGGUACUCACGUGUGUUGUACCUAAUUAAAGAUCGUCGUUCUACUACCUCGUAGCGGCAUUAAAUACCGAUUACGAUUGGCCAGAUGUGCUCCUCAGUGUCCGCACAUCAUACCGAUGAAAGCCAAACAUACAAUCAGCAAAAAAUAAAAAGCGCUCGAGAAACAUCCACAUCCGUAUAUUAAACAAUGCGCGAAUAUUUAAUAUUGUUGGAAGCUUUUUUUUAAAAUCUCACUCAAUUAAUCCGUACCCUUCAGUAAUAAUUACAACUCAGUCAUAUCUUCCUGGUCUUUGAACAUUUAUUCAAAUAAUAUCAUGGUAAUAAUAAUAAUCAUAAUAAUAGUGAUUAAUUAAAUGGAGUAUUCGCGCAGUCUUAAUAUUGGCAGUUUUAUAUACGGAUUGAAAACUCCUACUGGAGUUUUACCCAGGUAUGGAUAUCUAUUGUUCAACAAUUUAAAUUUUAUCGAUAUCGCGCCUGUUAUUUAAAUUUCAUUUAACUUUUAUUUAAAAUACAAAUUAUUAAAAAUUAACAGUUGCAAUUAAUCGAUGUCGAGAGUUGGUUAUUAAAUAAAUUAUUUA